UUGACACAUAUUGCCGCGUUUUUUUCUAUCGGAGAUCUUGCUGACAAAAAGUAUAUGAAUUGAAGGGUACUUCCAGCAAGAAAAAAAACGUUGUAUAAUCAUCCAUUAUGCUAUUCCUGGCUCGUGCAGUACGCCCCACAACUUUAUUCCGGCCUUCCCCAUACCCAAGCGCACGCUCUACUUUUAGUACUAGUCGUUUCAUUAUGGCACCCAAGCAUCACAAGGUUGUAGUGAUUGGAUCUGGUCCAGCAGGACACACUGCUGCUGUCUAUUUAGCUCGCGCUCAACUGAAACCCACCAUGUUUGAAGGCAUGAUGGCCAAUGGCUUUGCACCGGGUGGUCAACUUACAACGACAACCGAUGUCGAGAAUUACCCCGGUUUUCCCGAUGGCGUCAUGGGUGGAGAGCUCAUGGACAAAAUGCGAGCCCAAUCUGAACGUUUCGGUACAGUGAUUGAGACGGAAACUAUUGGUAAACUCGACUGUCAACAAAGACCGUUCCGUUUAUGGCGCGAAGGUUAUGAAGAUGCAGCUGAACCAACAGAUACGGGUGAUGCCGUCAUUAUUGCCACGGGAGCUUCGGCCAAACGUAUGGACUUGCCAGGUGAAUCCAAAUAUUGGCAAAACGGCAUAUCAGCAUGUGCAGUGUGUGAUGGUGCUGUCCCCAUCUUCCGCAACAAACCAUUGGUGGUUGUAGGUGGUGGUGAUUCUGCAGCAGAAGAAUCGAUUUAUUUGACCAAAUAUGGAUCACACGUCCAUGUGUUGGUGCGUCGUGAUCGCUUGCGCGCUUCUAAGGUGAUGGCACAACGUCUUUUGAAACACCCCAAGGUCACGGUCCAUUUCAACACGGUUGCUACUGAAGCAUUAGGUGAUGGCAACCUGCUGACAGGCGUUGCUACGCGCAAUACCACUACCGGGGAACCUGGAAAGAUCGAUGCCAACGGUUUGUUCUAUGCUAUUGGACAUGAGCCCGCGACACAGCUUGUUAAGGAUCAAGUGAAUCUCGACGAAAGCGGCUAUAUAAAGACGAUUCCUGGAUCAUCAGAAACCAAUGUACCGGGUUUAUUUGCUUCUGGUGACGUACAAGAUAAGCGCUAUCGCCAGGCGAUCACCAGCGCUGGUUCAGGCUGUAUGGCAGCAUUAGAUGCUGAACGAUAUUUGAGUGAGUUGGAAGCGGGCAUAGAAGAAGAAGAAGCAGCAGCAGCACCAGAAUCUCUACCAAAAGCAAAAAUGUAACAGCAAAGAGAUAGAUGAAACCAGUUGUUAAUCCCCACCAUCAUCACCGCUCUCUCAUGUCGCUUUUCGUUGCGUCAUCUACACUAUGUUAUUAUAAUUGUUGUUUUUUGUAUACAUCUUUCAUUUCUUUCUAUUGUUAAAGCUUCUAUAGAAUAUUCUGCUAAAUCUUUUUUCAGCAGGUUAAAUAAAACAAGGUUAUUUUAUAGUUGACGUUUGGG